AUGAACCUCCAGCCACAGGGUGUAAUUGAGAUGAGGACAUCCCAAGCUCGUUACCUGAAGCCUCUUGACCAGAAACAUCAGCUGCUGUUCUGCUGUCCUGUUGGUGGUGCCUGCGUUUUCUCGGCGAGUGGUGCAGUCCAUCUUGUAGGCGGCUCACCCUUCAACCAUGGUGCUGGAGGAGAGGAUCGAUCAGAGUCAGGACAAUCUGAAAGCUCGAACCAGCAAGGAGAUGCAGAUGUCAAACCACCACCUAAUGGCCAUUUGAAUUUUCAAGAUUGUUUUAUCACAUCGGGAGUCUUCAGUGUUACGGAACUUGUGAGAGUGUCACAAACGCCUGUGGCGGCCGCCUCAGGCCCCAGCUUCAACCUGGCCGACCUGGAGAGUCCCGGCUACUACAGCAUCAACCAGGUGCCCCUGGGUCGUCGCAGCAUCACCACACCCCCCUCCACCAGCUCCACCAAGCGACACAAGUCGAUCGAGGACAGUGAGAUGGAGAGCCCUGUGGACGAGGUCUUCUACUCGGGCACUGGACGAUCACCGGCUGCCGGCAGCAGCCAGGGCACUGGCUGGCCCAAUGACGUGGACACAGGAAUGACAUCGCCCACUUCUCUGAAGAAGUCGACGAAGCAUGAGUUUGGUAGCGGGACGUCAUCGCAGAGCGUCUCGUCCCGGAUGGCCUUUACACAUCACCCCCUGCCCGUGAUUGCAGGGACCAGACCAGGAAGCCCUCGGGCACCAGCCUCUGCGAUCCACUUCCCCUCAUCCUCCAUCAUCCAGCAGCCAAGCCCCUACUUUGCCCACCCGACCAUCCGCUACCACCACCAUGCCAGCCAGGACCCCCUGAAGGAGUUUGUCCAGCUCAUCUGCUCCGACAGCUCGAGCCAGGCCUCAGGACAGGUGGGGUACCUAAACCCAAAUGGUGGCAGCCAGGGGAAGGUCGCGGGGUCAUUUCUGCUGCCGCCGCCGCCGCCCAUGGCCAGGCCGGUGCCCCUACCGAUGUCUGACCCAAAGUCAACCAGCGCGUCCCCUGAAGGAGGAGCCACGUCACCCACCUCGCCCUCGUACCCCACACCCAGCUCCUCGGCUGCAAACCGAUUUGUCAGCAUUGGGCCACGGGAUGGGAACUUUGUAAAUAUCCCGCAGCAGUCACAGUCUUGGUUCCUCUGAUAGUUUCAAGCCUUUUCCCACUGGCCAGCGACAAGACCAUCCUGAUACCUUCCUUGACACAAGUAAAAUUGACCGAGAGAGAGAGCGAGAGAGCGAGAGAGAGAGAGAGAGAGAGAGAGAGAGAGGGAGGGGGGCUGGGCGGGUGGGAGGGAGGGAUUCACAGUCAUCAUCGCUGAGCUCUGGGAACAGUAAAAACGAAACCACCGACCAACCGAGACAACUCGAAUGUUCGAGGAAGAGAGGGAG